AGGAGCAGGAGCAGCAGCAGCACUAUGUGGAGACUAAGCUGCAGGCGGCGGGUGCCAGCUCUCUGCCUCGGCUGCCUGCCCUGGAUCUCUGGCUUCUUGUUACAAACUGCGACUCUCCUGAGCACGGGACUGGGAUACACACAAGGGCUGCAGGUGACAUCCACCGGCCCUCAGAUCGUCCUGAAGGCAGAGGGCGAGGGUGUGAUUCUGGGCUGCGGCUACACGCUGAGCCCCUUUGACAGCGGGGACCUCGACAUCGAGUGGUCGGUGGUCAGUCCGGACGCCACGAAGAAAGAUCGGAUGCUGCUGUCCUACAGCGGCGGCAUCGAGUACGUCCACGGUGACGCCGCUCUCUCACUCGGGCUCCGCUUCGCCACCCCCGACCCCUCGAGAGGCGACGCUUCACUCUCAGUCGCUGCUCUGUCACCUGCCCACGGUGCGACCUACCAGUGCAAGGUGAAGAAAUCACCUGGAGUGGACACGCGCAAGGUGUCACUGGUGGUGAUGGUGAAGCCGUCUGUGCCUAAGUGCUGGGUGGAGGGGGGGCAGCUGCAGGGGGAAGCUGUGGCUCUGCACUGUCAGUCUGCACGAGGCUCCGCCCCCUUCACGUACUCGUGGAGGAGAGAGAGCGAGGGCCCCAUCCCUGAUGCAGCCACACAGGACCGUGUGACCGGCGAGCUGAGAAUCAGCAACCACUCGCAGAGCUUGGCAGGAUUCUACCUUUGUGAGGUGAACAAUGCUGUGGGAGCCGAGCGCUGCCGGAUCAACCUGCAGGCACACAAACCUCCAAACAGAGCGGCGGUGAUCGUCGGCACGGCUGUGGGCUCCCUGCUCCUCGUCCUCAUCCUGCUGCUCUUCAUCGGGCUCCUCUACUGGAAGUCGAGCGGCAGAUUCCGCUACGAGAAGGAAUUCUCCAAUGAGAUCAGAGAGGAUGUCCCGCCUCCUGAGAGCCGUCCUGCCAGUCGCCACACGAGCCGGACUGUCCGUCAGCACCCAAGGGCGACCUACAGUCCCGUGGGUGGGGGUGGGGGCGGGGGUGGGACUGAGGUGAGCUCUCUCGGUGAAGGACCCACACAUCCACCCUCCUGCUCCACACCAGUCAAAUGCAAACCAGUCGAGUAUGACGACAGGAACGGAAACGCAGUUUGA